AUUGUCAGACCGGAGUAGGCUAGGCGGGAGAGGAGAGCAGGAGCUGCGCGAGGCGGUGGCUCGCACUCCGUUUUGCCCUAUUAUGGUCACGAGCGUGACAGCGCGCGCUACCCAGCAUGCGCCGCGGCGUGAGGCUCCGCCACAGCCAAGAUGACCGACUUUGAGGAGCCGCUUUCAGACGAGGAUAAGGUCCGCAUCGCAGCUAACUUUGUGACCCACGCUCCCCCUGGAGAAUUCAAUGAAGUGUUCAAUGAUGUGCGACUUCUCCUCAACAAUGACAAUCUUCUUCGGGAAGGGGCAGCACAUGCCUUUGCUCAGUAUAACAUGGAUCAGUUCACUCCUGUCAAACUGGACGGUAGUGAGGAGUCGGUUCUGAUCACUGAGCAUGGAGAUCUGGGUCAGGGACGGUACUUUGACCCACGGAAGCGGGUGUCAUUUCGUUUUGAUCACCUGCGAAAGGAAGCGAGCGACCCUCAGCCUUACGAGGGAGAAACUGCCCUCCGAUCCUGGAGGGACGCCUGUGAUGAAGCACUCAGUGCUUAUGUGAAAGAGCACUAUCCCACUGGAGUCUGCACGGUGUAUGGGAAGACUGUUGACGGACAGCAAACAAUUAUUGCUUGUAUUGAGGGUCAUCAGUUUCAGCCCAAAAACUUUUGGAAUGGCCGAUGCAGGUCAGAGUGGAAGUUCACCAUUAGUCAGUCAUCAGCUCAGGUUGUGGGAGUAUUGAAGAUCCAGGUGCAUUACUAUGAGGAUGGUAAUGUACAACUGGUGAGCCAUAAAGAGGUGGAGGAGUCCAUUGAAGUGACAAAUGAAACCCUGACUGCCAAGGAAUUUGUGAAAAUCAUUGAAAAUGCUGAAAAUGAUUACCAGACGGCCAUCAGUGAGAACUACCAGACAAUGUCAGACACCACCUUCAAAGCUCUCCGCAGACAACUGCCCGUCACUCGCACCAAGAUCGACUGGAACAAGAUCCUUAGCUACAAGAUUGGCAAAGAGAUGCAAAACGCUUAGAAACCGACCCGGUUCCUCUUCUUCUGUUCAAGUGCGGAGCCGGCACUCAGAACACCACAUGCGGUUCGCUCAGCAUGAAGAAGCCUUCCAAAAAUGAAAA